AUAAAUUAAUUAAUUUUGUUAUGUCAAUUUGACAACAUUUUUUUUCCCAAAAAAAAAAAAAAAAAAAAAAAGAUAAAGAGAAAGAAAGAUAAUAAUAAAGAUAAUAGUAAAGAUAAAUAAUAAUAAUAAUAAUAAUAAUAAUAAUAAUAAUAAUAGAAAUAAGAUAAUACUAAUAAUAAUUAUAUUUAAUUAAAAAAAAAUAAAAAAUAAUUAAAAACUUAUAACAACUCUUUAUUUAAACAGUUUAAUAAUAUUGUGGUAAACUAUAUUUAGGAAAUAAUAUAUAAAAUUGUAUUUAUAUAUCACCAGUAUCUUCCCACAAUAAAUUUAAAUUAUUUAUAAUAUAAUAUUAUUGCCAAUUUUAUAAAUAGUUUUUUUUUUUAAUAUAUACCUAAUAACAAUAUAACAACUUGUACAAAAUAAUAACAAAAAAAAAAAAAAAAAAAUUUCAAAAAUAUUAUAUUAUAUUAUAUUAUAUUAUUAUUUAUAAGCAAUCUUUACAUUUCAAUCUAAUCAUUAUCAAUAUAAUAUAUUUUUUGUAAAUAUGAACGAUAUUGCGCUUUCUUCGAAUUUAAUUGAUAGAACAUCAAGCACCAUCUAUGUUAGUAACAUUAGACACUCAACACCAAUUAAUUCAAUUUUCAAUAUUUUCUCAAAAUUUGGACCUUUAGAAAGAUGUGAAAUUCCCGAAAACAAAUUUGGAAAGACUAGAGGUUUCGCUUUUAUUGAAUUUGAAAACAAAAUGAAUGCUUACUCUGCAUUUGAAGAACUCUCCAAACAAGAAAUACUUUUAGAUGGAAGAGUUUUAAAAUUAGAAUGGGCAAGAGCGACUAAAUUAUAUAAAGAGGAUAUUCAAAAUCUCUCAUCCGAAUCAAAAGAAAAAAUUAUGGGAGCUUUUUCAAGAAAUCAUAACUUCGACUCUAGAUAUUCAAAGAAAGGAAAUACUAGAAAAAUUUCUUCAAAAGUUGUUAAUAAUGGCACUCCUAAUAAUAUAAAUAAUAAUAACAACAAUACUAAUAAUAAUAACGGCUUACAAUCUAAUAAUAUCAACACCAAUACAAAUAUUAUUAAUAAUAAUAUUAAACCGAUAUCUUCUCCAUCAUUCUCAAGCAGUCCUUCAAUAGGAAAUAAUAAUAAUACAAUAAUUAACAAUUCUCCAACAUCGAUAUCAAAUAGCAAUAGUUAUUUAAAUGGAAUUGUUAAUAAUAGUAACUUCGAAUUAAAUAAUAGCAAUAACAUUACCAAUUUAAAUGGCUCAAGUAAUGGUAUUCAGCUACCACAACAAUCUCAACAACCACAAUCACCACAGCAAUUAACUCCAAAAAAGAAAACCUUUAUUAAAAAAGAUCAAAACGAAACAUCACCAAUUUUAAAUAAUAGCACUCUUUAUAAUAAUGGUUUUAUGCAACAACAAACAUCUCCACAUCAUCACUUGUCUCAAUCUCAACCACACUUACCAACCUCUCCACAACAAAGCAUGAAUGGCGGUUCCCCAUCACAAACAUCAUCCAAUAUGAAAAAAUUAAAUAACUCAACUGUAAAUUUAAAUGUUAAUUCUUAUCACCACCAUAAUCAUCAAUCUCCAAAUGGUAUUGGUAACCAUCAAUUUGUCUCUACCAAUAAUCAUCAUCAUCACCAUCAUCAGCAGCAACAGCAACAACAACAACAACAAACCAACAACCCAUUAUUACCAAUACCAGGUUUAUCUAAAAGUUUAAACGGUAUUGGUUCGACUUCAUAUCUCGAUAGUAAUAGCAUUCCAAUUAUUGAUCAUAAUCAACACAAUCAAAUUUCAAAUUAUGGCGCUUACUUUGGAAUCCCGAACUUUAAUCAAUCAUUUGACUUUAAUUUAUCUUUUAAUCAAACAUUAAACAACCUCUCCAACCUCGACCUUCAUUCAAGAAUCAUCUUACCUAAUGACCAAAGCAAUACUGUCAAUCACGACGGAAGUCCAAGUAUAAGUGGUGGAAGUAGCUUAAUAGGUAAUGUUAGUAAUAGUCCAAGUAAAAUGACCACCAAAACUACUAUUAAUACAUCACCAUUAUCAUCAUCAACAUUGUCAUUACAUCAAUCACACAACAACAACAACAACAAGAACAUUAUCUCUGCCAAUUUAGUUUCGAAUUCUAAUGGUGCUAUACCAACAAAUGGUGGUAGUCCUAACUCAUCAUCACCAGCGACCAGCGAUCUCAAUACAAUGGGUAAAAUUGCUCCAUCAAUAUCGAACCAACCUAUUCAAAAUGGAUUUUUCAACAAUAACGACGAAUACCUUACCGAAUUGAACGCUUCCUUGCACUCAAUACACAAUGGAAAUAUUUCGAAUUUUUCUUCAUCAUCAUCAUACCCAAAUCAUCAUUAUUUUGCAAGUAGUCAAGAUCCAAUUUUUAUUUCAUCCCCACCAGGCAUCAAUACCACUUUUUCACAUUUUUCACCAAUUUCAAGCUUUAAUAAUAAUCCAUUUUUUAAAUAAUAAUAAUCAAAUGUAUUAUAUUUAUAAAAACCCAAUAUAAAAAAAAAAAAAAAAAAAAAAAAAAAAAAGGUUUAAGCUUUUUUUUUUCCAACUUCAAUUGAAAAGUGAUCAACUAUAUUUUUAUAAAUAUAGAAAUCAUAUGUAUAAUGAUGAUAAAAGAAUAUUCAAAUUUUUUAAAC